UCCAGAGGAGUGCGGGUGUGGUGCAGCAGUUGGGUGAAGCCCAUUUUAAUCUUCCUCGUUUUAAAUCGCUGCUCUCGCCAGUCACGACCACAGCCGUCUCUGCCCACGGAGCGUUGCCGAAAGAGGUGGUCAUGACCGGCCUACCAAUGACGCCGCGCCGGAACCUGCCCAGGCAGGUCACCAUUGUCGUCUUCAAUCCGGCGGGGGACACGACCGUCGUAUACCACAUGCCGCUGGAGCUGCUACUCUGCGCGGCCUUCCUCUUCCACUUGCUGGAGGGCGAUCAUUCACCUGGGUCGACCCGGGGAAACCAGGCGAGGCGAGGCGUGACAGAGCGACCCGAAGCACGACGUAGACCGUAUCUGGGAGCACAUCCGGUAACACGUCCCGAGGCGCGCCCUGAAGCACGUCCUGGAGCACACCCUGGAGCACACCCGGGAUCACACCCUGGAUCACAGCCUGGAGCACACCCUGGAGUACACCCUGGAGAACACCAUAGAGCACACCCUGGAGCACACCAUGAAGCAGCCCACGGAACACACCCCGGAGCGUAUCCCAGAACACAACUUGAAGCAUACCCUGGAGCACAUCCUGGAGUACAUCGUGAAACAAGCGCUGAAACACGAUAUAGGGAACACAUGGAAAUAGGUCCCAGGCUGGACAGAGGAGGGAGUGAGGAGCGCCCCUCGAGAGGUCCGGCGCCUUUGUCCAGAGCGGCGACCCCCUGUCAUGGAUGCGAUUUCCAGCAUGGAGAGUUGCCGUGCAGCUGCGGAGGGCGAAUAAGUGUUCACUGGAGGUGCGAGGACCGAACAGGGGUGUGUGCAGUCACCUUCUACUUCCCCUGAAGAGGGUUGGGUAGACCAUAUUGACAGCGAAAUUCGGGAAAACGUCAUUCUGUUAAAUCCAGAUGUGCCAAUGGAUCAGCAAGGUACCCAGAUGCAUUGGAACCAGCAAGGCGAGCGGCUUUGGUGGACUACGAGCCCCGGAAACAUUCAAAGCAGGGAAGGGGUACCUAACAAUCACCAGGAGCAGACACAGGGCGCUCUGCCGAACAACGCAGAAGGGUACCAGCACGACUUCGGGGACUGCGUGGAGAAAUACACAAUAGUUGUGGACCUCAAGGCGCAUAAAGUACAGGAAGCUCCGCACAGCAAUGCAGAACGAGAGGCUGCAAGACGGAUCUUUGAUAUCUCGGAUGUGGAUGGCUCCGAGCUUUGGAGCCAGGGCCAGGGUGUGCCUGAACAUGGCACUAGUACUACUUUGGAAAAGCAGCAAGCCUGCCUGCGUAUGUGCGAAGCACUGGGAGAGAUUACGCGUUCGGUCGUUGUUGACUUUAAGGAAAAAGAGCUCUUCUCCACCGCAUGUCAAGACGAUGAUUCAGACCAGAAUAAUUUUGCUGGUGGAAGGACAUCAAACACCGAUCGCUCGUCUCACGUCGACCGGGCUGUGCAGGUGGAUACUGCUGAUCUUGAACAUCGGAACUGCUAUAAAGUGGGUGACCUUCAGGACAAAUCCGUGCAGUGUACCACUGUCCACCUUCCCGGGAAGAACACCACAGAGGAGACAAUUAAGGCCAACAGAAAAACCAAGCGCACGCCUGGGACUCCUAACGACACCGAGCGCUGCACCUGCGCCGGGCCCGUGGACCAAGACCACGGGCUGGAGAGCCAGGCCCACGUGUGUGACGUUCAAAAAAACGAGGAGUCCGGCUCCGAAGGUGCAAAACCGAAGGACUGUGAGCGCAAGACGCACAGCCGCUCAGACUGUGAUCAGCUGAGUCCGCUGUCCGAGCGGCGGCGUCUGACCGAUGACGGCACCCGCCAUCACCGCGAUGCCGACGAGGCCCACGCGCGGGGACGCGACCCGAUCGGUCGGGGCCGAUCGGGUCCGGACCCGUCGGAUAGCCCGUCAGGUAUCUGUGCCUGCCGCCGCGGACAGUGCGGAGGCUGCAUCACGGACCUGCAUCGCAUUCGGAGUGAAGGACAACACGGGGACCGCGCGGUGGCUGAGGUCACCUUGAUUUCUCCGGAGGAGUGGCGGCAGAGCCAGUCGUCCAGCGUCCCGGUGCGACUUCGGUCCAUCAUGAGGUGCUCUGAGUGGUCUUCUGCAAGCGUCGAGGGCACUGGUGUGACCUUUCCGCUCGGGCUAGUCGGCGAGGUUUACGAACACCAUGGUGGAAGUGAACAGCUGCUGAGAAGAACUAAUGAAUCAGACGAAAAAGAUGCUCUCGUCGACAUUUUCUUAGACGAAUGUCCAUUAGUUUCGGCCGACCGUGUCUGACUCUUUGACUUCUCUGACUUCUGAGCGAACUGCACCCUCGGCAACCGCUCAGCUCACUCUCAGGUCAGACCUCGCAGGUAACUGGCUGUCAAACGAAGAUUGCAUCGUUACUAUCAAAGCAUUCUUCGACGGAUGCGGCGGCGGAGGUAGCCAGUUUUAUCUACAUCCUGGAUCUGCCACUAAACCCUGCGUAGACUUAGUCGACUUAAAGGACCGCCAUGAGAGCAGCCUGUCUUUUAAAUCGGAGACUCGUGGCUGGCGAUCCAUCGGAGCGAGGGGCGGCCGAGAGGCAGGGCGGCAGCACGGGUGUGUAAAGUGGACCACAUAGUUCAUAUAUAAACAAACAGGAUGCCAGUGUGGGCAGGAAAGCUGCCAGCGGCACACCGUCAAGCGGCGCACCCUCGGAAGUGAGGACCGGGGAGUCAGCCGCCGAUAAAAGCGGUCAGGAAAGACAGCAGGAUGUGGGACAGCUCCAGGAGAGACCACCAGCUGAAACACAGCAGCAGAGCGCACAGCCGGCUGGCUCAGGCUCUGCUUCCACAGCGCCGGGCGGGCAUCUGUUCAGUGGAAACGCUGAUCAGGAACCCGGCGCAUCCAACAACGGAUCCCACACCAUGGCGCGCAAGGUCAUUUUCCGCACCCGCAGAACGUAUUCUGAUCCGUCGCAGCCGCGAUCAACCACCCCUACAGGAUCCACAGAUUCCGAGGAAGCCUGCUCGCAGGAGAACGCAGGCCGGAAAUCAAUGGUGCUUGGCUCCUUUCAGAACGAAUCUCUUGCUGCUGUGGAUUCUGCAGAGAACGCAUGUAUAGCCAGGUAUGAAGGUUCAGAGCCAAAUGGAGACUGUUCGAAGCCCCGAUCGGCACCAGAAGGUGUCUCGGAUAUUGCCAUCGGCCCCCCUGCGACGCAGCGCACGACCAAAAGUGGACGACAGGCCAUGGACAGCAUGCUGAACGCUGAAGCCAACAGACGAAAACUCAGACGCGAGCGGAAGAAAGCGAAACGAGCGAGGCGAGCGGCUAAGCUACAGCGCCAGGCGAGACGGAAGACUGUCCUUGAAAAAAGAGCGAACAGAGCUCGUAUGUACCUGCAGCAUGGUUGGCUGGGGAGAGCAGCGGCUAGGACGAGAAGCCGCCAUAGAGAACGCGGAGGGGACGAACCAGGCGAUGACAGUCGUGACGAAAGGUUUAGAGAUGUUCAGGCCAAACGGCAACGUUUCUUCGCGACAUUAGCGUUACACAAAGACAAGGUCAAAGAGAAGUCCAAGUUACCUGGAUCAGUCAUCUCCCAACUGCGGUUCUCUCCCUCGACUGGUAGAGCGCCGUGCAGUCCCAGCACGAGCAGAGAUCGAGGUGCUGCUAACCAUGCCACAGUUUCCGUAGUCGUCUCCUCGUCGGAUAUUCUACUUGGGAAUAGCAGUGUCAUAAACCAAACCUUUGCCGAGAGAGGAUCUCAUGCCGAAGCUUCCACUGGCCAUUUGGCUGGCACGGUCAGAAGAGCUGUGUCUGGUUUGGAUGAGGUGGCAGAUACCACGAUCGUUGUCGAGGUGGACAUCGAGGAUAUCCCUGAUCUGUUAGCUGGCGAUAUUGAGUUCUGCCUGGAGGAAGACGCAAAUGACACGGAAGAGGAAGACGAAACUGCUACCAUAGACGUGAUGAUCGUGAGCUCCGACGUCGAAACCAGCGCGUCCAGUCAAACUGAUCAGCUCGACGGUGUCCGAGGCGCUGCGGAUCCAAUGCACGUCCGCGGUGACACUGGCUCUGCAGACAUCCAGCCUUCAGGCGCCAGGGAUGCCGCGACAAACGCUGUCGCGCGUGCAACGGGAGCUGAUGGACCCAUUUCCGCGUGCAGACAUCGCCACACGGGGAGCAGGACCAGUGGGGCCACUGCCUCUGUGCCAGCUAUCCCUCAGUGCAGGGACUAUGAGAACACUGUAGAUGUCACGCUGCCAGUAAUGGAUGCUGCAGAUUCCAGCGCGCAGGAAGACCAGGCAUUCGUUGUACCCAAUCAACGUGGCGACCCGCCGUUUGGCUUAAAGGCGCUGGACUUUGAUCCCGCUGGGGACCUGGACAAUGAGCUCUUUGAGCAUUUUCCAACUUUACCCGGCUUCGCAGAUUUAUCGACGCCGGUCGUGUCAGAUGCUCAGAGCGUGGGAGGGGCUGCUCAGAGUGGCUCUCAAGAUUGUUUCGCCACUCAGCCGACCUCUGCCAGUACAUCGCAGGCAUAUGAGCCUUCUUUGGAGGCGCUGGUGUGGGACCCGACCUGGAUCCAGCAGGUGCCCCUGCCACCCGACUCUCUCCCGUGGCCGCCGUUUGCCGGCCAGGACUCCCACCCAGAGGACGGUCUCGGCGGACCGUCAGGACCAGCGUCCCAAUCAUGCCGUCAUCGCCGCGGUGGCUGGACGGGGCAGCGGGCCUCUUCGGCUCCGGAGGACCACGCGGGCUCGGGGCCGAGGCCGGCCGGUCGCCGCCGCUCCAGUUCCUUUAGCGUCCAGCCCCAACAGCUGCUGGCCUCCUCGCUGGAGGAGCAGAUGAACCCGGACGCGGUGGGGUUCGGAGACCCGGCCUGCCGCUGGAUUCGGCCCGCCUCCAGCCGCAGCCGCUCGUCUGGCAGCGACUCGUGAGCCACCCGCUCUGACCCGUCAGCCAUCCUGAAGCCCCUCCUAGUCCAUACCACCGUCCUCGGUAGCCGGUGGCAGGUGGAACCCGACCACGGCAGCAGAGAUCGGCCACGGCAGCGGAGCUCGGUCACGACAGCGAAACUCGGCCACGGCAGCGGGGAUCGACCACGGUAGCGGGUAUCGGCCACGGCAGCGGGAAUCGGCCACGGCAGCGGGGAUCGGCCACGGCAGCGGGUAUCGGCUACGGCAGCGGAAGUCGGCCAUGGCAGCGGUGAUCGGCCAUGGCAGCGGAGCUCGGUCACGGCAGCGGGGAUCGGCCACGGCAGCGGGGAUCGACUACGGCAGCGGAAAUCGACCACAGCAGCUUAAAUCGGCCACGGCAGCGGGGAUCAGCCACGACAGCGGAGAUCGGCCACGGCGGCAGAAAUCGGCCACGGCAGCAGGGAUCAGCCACAACAGCGGAGAUCGGUCACGGCAGCGGAGUUCGGCUCAGUGCCAUCCUCCGGCUGGUCUCAACGUUGGCUCUGUGCCAACAGAGGGCUUCUGUUGUGGAAGAAAAGUGAGGGAGGCAACGUCUCUUAUAAAUUUUGGUGUUGCACUCUAUUGACGCUUGGUAUACGUGGGGCGCACGUUGAUGUGUAAAUAGGUCCGUGCAUGCAUUAUCUGUGUACGAGUGCAUUUAUUACCUGUCUGCGAUACGACCUGUCUCCGCGUGCCGAGAGGAUGUGUGUCUAUACGUGACCUGGCUCGCCUCCAUGCUGGUCAUGCGCGGUGAUCAUGCCUGCAUCGAUCAAGUGUGAUUCAGCUCAUUGGGUUCGUCAUUGGUUCCACUUUCUGAAUGAUUGCUUUCAGCAAUAAGGUUCUGGUUAUCACCACUACGCCGCAUCAGCGCUUGGUUCGGAUUUACUGAGUUAAUUGGUACCGGCGCUGAGUCUUGCUGUUCCACUCAUUUUAAUCCUUGAUUUUUUGUGAAAGUAAUUUUUAACAUACACCAAGUGGCUUAUAAUAUGUGCACUCGAUGUCAAAAGGUCCAAUACCCGGAGGCUUUUGUGUGACGUGUGCCUCCAUUUUUAUGAUCUGCUCUGGCAGCCCAUCACCUCGAAAGCGCAUGCACUCGCGUACUUCAUACCAUUUUGAGCCAGCUUUAGUCUCGCAUUUCCAUAACACGGAGACAAUACAUGUUUCGA